AGGUUCUGGCGCGAGUACGGCGCCGUGUUCGACCACAUAGCCGCCGACACCGCCGUGCGCGCCGUCGUGCUCUCCUCCGCGCUCGAGAGGGCGUUCUCCGCAGGCGUAGACCUCGACUUUCUCACCACCAUCCCGACCGCCGCGGACCCCGCGCGCCGCGCGCUCAGGACGCAGCCCCACCUCCGCGCGUUCCAGCACGCGAUCGCCGCGCCCGCGCGCUGCCCGCAGCCCGUCAUCGCCGCGCUGCACGGCAACGCCAUCGGGCUCGCCAUCGACAUGGUCACCGCGUGCGACGUGCGCUACGCCGCCGACGACGAAGUCGACGUCGGGCUCGCCGCCGACAUCGGCACGCUCGCGCGCAUCCCGAAGCUCACAGGCAACGCGUCCCUCGCCGCCGAGCUCGCGCUCACCGCGCGCGCCUUCACCGCCGCCGAGGCGCUCCAGCUCGGGCUCGUCUCGCGCGUCGUGCCCGGCUCCCGCGCCGCCGUCGUCGCCGCCGCGCUCGCGCUCGCGCGCGAGAUCGCGGCGAAGAGCCCCGUCGCGGUCGUCGGGACGAAACACCUGCUCGCGCACGCGCGGGACCACACGAUCCAGGACAGCUUGGACCACACGGUCGUGUGGGCCUCGACCAUGAACCAAGCCCCCGAUCUGGAAGACUCGGCGCGCGCGGCGCUGCGGAAGGAGAGGAUCGCGUAUCCGUCGCUGGGAGGGGGGGCCGCGCCGAAGCCGAGGCUGUGA